UCCGAUGCCGUUCAGUAUCGCGUGGUGAGCCCCUCGUGCAUAAUCGUCCGUUUUGCGAAGUGUGUCCUACAACUCGGUUUGCCGGUUAAAUAAAUAAUUCGAAAAAAGCUUUUGGAUCGCUGGUCCCGAAACGUCUACGCCGGCGGCUAUGCUGCGAGAAGAAUAAUGAUCCGUCAGACACCCGACCACGGUAUCAUAAUGUUGGUCGUUUAUCUCCUGUUGGUGUUGUGCGCUGGACGUCUCAUCGAUGCCGAAAAAGCCAAGUGUUGCGGCCGCGUGACCGGGAACUGUAGGAGAGCCUGCGAACAAUUGGCUGUUUUACAAGAAUACCCAAAAGACAAAAUUGCUGGACGGAUAACCGAUUUUUAUAAUCAAUGUUCCUCAAAAAAUGUCCGACACGUUGAAUGGUGUAUGUCGUCUUCGGCUCAAGAUACCGAGAUAAAGUGGCUGGACGCGGCUAGGAAGUGCUGUGACGUGGCCAGGUCGGACAGCUGCCAACUGUCCUGUUUGGACCAGAACUCUGGGUCCCGGUCGGUGCACAAGAACUGCCAAGACGAAACGGAUUUCUUCAAUUGCCUGCAACAUCAACAGGUCAAAGAUACGUGUUGCGGUGACAAAACGGACGCCGUGCAGUGUCAAAUCGCGUGCGAGAAAUUCCUGGCCAACACGCCGUCCAUCAACCGACACGCGGCCAACCAGGAAAUCCUCGACCUGUGCUCGGCCGACCGACGGGACGCGCGUUCCGCCGCCACCGCCACCACAUCGGUCGAGCUGCACCGCCGGUGUACCCGAAAUACGACUGCCAGACGACCGUCAUCAGACGGACACAAAUACUUGCACUGUUGCAAGUUGGCCGCGGACACGCAGUGCGAACAAGCCUGUCAGGAUAGUCUGCGCAGAAAAUUCGACUCAGACGUAGAGGCAGUCGAGAGUUUGGAGGGCAGAGGAUGCGGAUCACCGUCGUUGGACGACCGGUUUUGGCAAUGUUUCUUGCAAAGCGAACGGGCUGAGCAGAAAGAUACGUCGGCGCCGGCACCGAUGUCACAAAUAGAGAAACUCGGCAUGGACAGCGUGAAACUGCACUGUUGUGAUAAAGCCACGAUAGCGGGAUGCCGCAAGCUUUGCUUAAAGACGUUCACUAACGAAUGGUCUUCGUCGUGGAACGACUUCAACUCCGAAUGUUUGUCGCAUCCCAACGAAGAUCAAUUGCUCAAGUGUUUGGACGACGUCGAAGAACCGUGCGAUCUGGGCUGCGACGGACUGAACUACUGUACGGUGUUCAACAACAGGCCUACGGAGCUGUUCCGGAGUUGUUCGCCGCAGACGGACGACGCUGCCCACUACGACGUGACGCUGUGGCGUCAGCGCGGCACCAUCACGCUGUUCAACUACGAGCUGCCGCUGAAGAACAUCACAAAGUGCUUGCCCGAUAGCUGGAAGGCCGUCGCCUGCAUACUGCAGAUACGACCGUGCACCAGGCAAUCUCACGUCAACAAAAUUUGUAGGGACGACUGUCUGGAGCUAUUGAGCACGUGCCUGGACUGGACGAACUCGGCGCCAGGGCUGUCGGCGAACGCCCUUUGCGCACGGCUGUCACCCAACUCCGGGCCUUGCGUGCCGCUCGGAGCUUUCGCGGAACUCGGGGCACCCCGGCCGCCGCCGCCGCGACUACAGACGGAACUACAGCACGCGGCGGUAGAAGACUUACCGGAGGUGACCACCCCGUGCAAGCGGAACCCUUGCGCACCGGGCUCGGUGUGCCUGGUCAACCGCGGUUGCAGGAUCGGCCGCGGGUGCAAGCCGUACCGAUGCGUGGCCGGGUGCAAGGCGGGCGAGGUGUCGCACUUCCUCUUGCCGGAAGACUCGUACGCCCGCAUACCAACGUUCAACGGGCAAAAGGGAUGCGUCAAGGUCUGCCUGUGCACCAAGCGGGGCAUCGAAAAGUGCCAGCAGGUGCCCUGCUCGCAGAUACAGUCCUGUUGGCUAGUCGGCAAGCCGAUCGACCACGGAUCCACGUUCGAGAUGGACUGCAACACGUGCAACUGCUUCGCCGGCGAGAUCACUUGCACGAAGAAACACUGCGAACCCGCGACGGUAAACGGCGUGUCCCGGUACAGGCACACCGGACUGCCGUGCAACUGUGCCCCACACCACGUGCCCGUCUGUGGUUCUAACGGCAACACGUACCCCAACUCGUGUUUGGCCAAGUGUGCCGGCCUGUCGGACGUGGACCUCAAGUUCGGCACGUGCUGGAACGAUGAUCCGUGCGCCGGCGACAACGCUUGUCGUUCGGACGAGAGGUGCGUGCCCGCCCGUCAGGUGUGCUUGUCCAUGUUGAAGAAGUCUUGCGUCCAAUACAAAUGUGUUUCAGAGAAGACAUCGUGCGAGGACGCACCUAAAGGCAUAGUGUGCGACACGGACGACGGCGAACACUCAAACCUGUGCCACCUGUUGCGGUCUGGGAAAACGCUAGCAUACAGCGGUCCGUGCCUGGUGGGAUGCAACUCGACGGGACGCGUUUGCGGCGUGGACGGCAACACUUAUCCGUCUGAGUGCGCGGCCUUUGCGGAAUCAACGAGCGUCGACUACCCGGGACCGUGUGCGUCUUCCGGGUUCAUCGGGCACAACGGUCGUCCCUACUGCGCGGCUAAGGGUGCGGUAGACUGUCCGAAACUGCCCCACCAAGGAUGUCUGGGCAUCACGCCACCGGGGGCCUGCUGUCCCAAGUGCGCCGGAGCUCUGCAAAUACUCUUCAGUCAAAAACAAGUCGACCGAGUGAUGCAUACGCUGAAAAGGCCAUCGGUGAACGCGUUGAACACGAAGUCUGUUCUCCGGGCUUUAGACAGGCACGUGCUUGUGGCCGAGUGCGUGGUCCGUGGCCACCUGACCAUGUACCAGGACCUACUGGUGCUCGUCGAGUCCACCGUCCGUAACCCGACCAGGCUCCAACUUGAGGCGUGCAUCAGAGAGUCGGAGAAGUUGUCCACGCUAGUGGAGACGUCCAGUCCCAGGGUCAUGAUUGACCUGAGUCUCAGCACGCUCAUCUCUGCCAGUCCAGUGCACGAGAUGGUCACCGACGGCGAUGCCAGCGAUGCCGCCACCACCUUCGAUCUUCGGACCCACGUCGCCGCCACAAUCACGUCGCUGAUUCUGACACUGCUCAUUCGUUAAAAAGAAAAUAAUAAUCCGACUGAAUUUUUUUAUUGUUUAUUAUUUUUUUCAUUUCAUUUUUAUUUUCGCAUUUUACUUAGCUCGUACGAAUAUAUUAUAUUGUUUGAAAACAUUUCUUUAAUAAGUAAAAUAGUUUAUGUGCAUAUUGUAAUAUCAUUAUUAUUACAGAAGGUACCUAGUAAUUUUAUUGUAUUUAAAACGAUUACAAUAUUAUAUUGUUACUAUAUGCGAUGGCUGUGAUAACAAAACAUUAUUCUUACGUGCCUAUUUUAUACAUUGUUGAAAUGUUGUUCUUGUAUUAAAUAACAUUUAUUUUUAUUUUUAUUACCUAUUAUUAUUAUUUAAUUGUAUUAUAAUCACAAAUGUAUAUAAUAUGAUAAUAUAUAUUUUACUGUUGCAACAGAUAAAAAAUAUAAAAAUUUGAAUUAAAGAAGGUUAUUCAUUAAAAUAUUAUUUCCUCAGCCGCUCAAAAUCACGCAUGACAAACAAUAAUAUCUAAACUUUAAUAUUAGUUCAACAACUCAAUUCACAACGUAUACUUCUUAUUGGUUAUUUCUUAUUACUUUACACCAAUAUAUUUUCGCAUAAACUAGCAGUAUAUGCUUGACAAGUCAUGCAUUCUUCACAUCGUAUUUCAUCCCUUUAAAGUGUUAAAUAACUGUUAAUUAAUAUAUAAUAUAAAAGUAUUUAAAAAAAAAAAACUACAAACUUUCAAACUAUUAUCAAUCAUUCGUUUUCCAAUGCAUAGCUUAACGAUUAUACUAAUAUUGUUUCUGACCAGAACAUUUGUGGUUAUUAAUUCACAUUAAUUGUAUAUGUGGUGUACCUAAUAAUGGGUUUUUUAUUAUUAUAGGCUUUUAAUUAUUAUUUUAAUAUGUUCUAGCAUGAUUACUUAAAAUAAUAAUAUAUCAAUACACUUAAGAUGUAUUUUCAAAUAAACCAAAAAAUCAACGUUUGAUUUGCAUCAC